CGGCUUUUACGCUUCUUGGAUUUUAUACUGGAGGUUUCUCUUGCCAAACCACGCAUUUUUUGACUCACGGCUCGCAAAUCGGAUAGUGCAGAAGCUAUUGUGCGCAACUUCGUGAACGGGGUAAUAUUGAUUAGACAGACGCAGGCUGAUCCACUCUCAGGUGUGUGUAUAUGCUAAAAUGGCAACCCACACCCCAAACCUAGAAUGCCGCAUGUAUGAAGCAAGAUACCCUGAGGUGGACAUGGCAGUGAUGAUUCAGGUGAAGAAUAUAGCUGAUAUGGGUGCUUAUGUCUCACUGCUGGAGUACAACAACAUUGAGGGUCUUAUUCUCUUCUCAGAGCUCUCUCGCCGACGAAUUCGUAGUGUGAGCAGCCUUAUCAAGGUGGGUCGAAUUGAGCCUGUCAUGGUCUUGCGUGUUGACAAAGAGAAUGGAUACAUUGAUUUGAGCAAGAGGAGGGUUAGUGAGGAAGAUAUUCAGGCUUGUGAGGAGCGAUACAACAAGAGCAAGCUUGUGCAUUCAAUCAUGCGGCACGUUGCAGAGACCAUGGGCAUUGACUUAGAGGAGUUGUAUGUAAACAUUUGCUGGCCUUUAUAUCGGAAAUAUGGUCAUGCUUUUGAGGCUUUCAAGAUCAUUGUUACAGAUCCUGAUUCAGUCUUAAACACCCUCACCCGUGAAGUUAAAGAAGUUGGGCCUGAUGGACAAGAGGUGAUCAAAGUUGUUCCUGCCAUAUCAGAAGAAGUGAAAGAUGCAUUAGUUAAGAAUAUUCGAAGGAGAAUGACACCACAGCCCCUGAAGAUUCGAGCUGAUAUUGAAAUGAAGUGUUUUCAAUUUGAUGGUGUCCUGCACAUUAAGGAGGCAAUGCGGAAGGCCGAGGCAGCAGGCAAUAAUGAUUGCCCUGUAAAAAUCAAACUGGUUGCACCUCCUCUUUAUGUUCUUACUACUCAAACUCUUGACAAGGAUCAAGGAAUAACAAUUUUGAAUAAAGCAAUUGCAUCAUGCACCGAGUCAAUAGAGCACCACAAGGGUAAAUUGACUGUCAAGGAGCCACCUCGAGCAGUGAGCGAACGGGAUGAUAAAUUACUUGCCGAGCACAUGGCUAAGCUAAGAAAUGAUAAUGAAGAAGUUAGUGGCGAUGAAGAUAGUGAAGAAGAGGAAGACACGGGAAUGGGAGAAGUGGAUGUAGAUGGUGCUGGGCUAAUUGAAUGAAUGUUGAAAACUUCAGAGGAUUGUUGUUCUAAUUUGAGUGUUCUUCUUGACGAGCAUUUUACUCCAAUUUGUUUUGUAUUUUGAGACAAACUUUUUUGCAGUUGUAUACAUAUGCUGUUUAGCCAUUCACCCUUUUAACAUAGAAGUCUAUUUUUUACCAUUGAUGUGGGUCAGCGGUAACUUUCGCUUAUUAGUUAAACUAGAUGUGCGCCAAUUAUUGAA